CCUGGAGACAGUGUGUGGAUCUGAGGGGUGGCUGGUUUGACUUUUGAGGGAUCCUAGCUAAUCCCCAACAAGAGAACCAUAGUGGGUAGAAGACAGGGGCGGACUGACAACUCAUGGGGCCCCCGGGCAAUAGGGGAUCAUGGGGCCCCUGUGUCCUUGCCCAAACUCAAAAAAAGCCUAUGAAAAAGGUACCAGGGGCAUCUCAUUGGGCCCCCUACUGACCCCGGGCCCUUGGGCAAUGCCCGAGUUUCCAAAUGGUCAGUCUGCCCCUGGUAGAAGAACAUGGAAUGCA